GACCCGGCGGCGGGGCCCCGGAUCGCGUCUCCUCCGCCGCCUCCUCGCGGCGGCCCCGACUCGAGGCUGAGAACUACACACACCGGCGGUAUGGCAUCACAGCUGCAGGUGUUUUCCCCUCCAUCAGUGUCGUCGAGUGCCUUCUGCAGUGCGAAGAAACUGAAAAUAGAGCCCUCUGGCUGGGAUGUUUCAGGACAGAGCAGCAACGACAAAUAUUAUACCCACAGCAAAACCCUCCCAGCUACACAAGGGCAAGCCAGCUCCUCUCACCAGGUAGCAAAUUUCAAUAUUCCUGCUUACGACCAGGGCCUCCUCCUCCCAGCUCCUGCAGUGGAGCAUAUUGUGGUAACAGCUGCUGACAGCUCAGGCAGUGCCGCCACGGCAACCUUCCAAAGCAGCCAGACCCUGACUCACAGGAGCAACGUUUCUUUGCUUGAGCCAUAUCAAAAAUGUGGAUUGAAAAGAAAAAGUGAGGAAGUUGACAGCAACGGUAGCGUGCAGAUCAUAGAAGAACAUCCCCCUCUCAUGCUGCAAAACAGAACUGUGGUGGGUGCUGCUGCCACAACCACCACUGUGACCACGAAGAGUAGCAGUUCUAGCGGAGAAGGGGAUUACCAGCUGGUCCAGCAUGAGAUCCUGUGCUCUAUGACCAAUAGUUAUGAAGUCUUGGAGUUCCUAGGCCGAGGGACAUUUGGACAGGUGGCAAAGUGCUGGAAGCGGAGCACCAAGGAAAUUGUGGCCAUUAAGAUCUUGAAGAACCAUCCCUCCUAUGCCAGACAAGGACAGAUCGAAGUGAGCAUCCUUUCUCGCCUAAGCAGUGAGAAUGCUGAUGAGUAUAAUUUUGUCCGAUCUUAUGAGUGUUUUCAGCACAAGAAUCAUACCUGCCUUGUGUUUGAGAUGUUGGAGCAGAACUUGUAUGAUUUUCUAAAGCAGAACAAGUUUAGCCCACUGCCACUCAAGUACAUAAGACCGAUCUUGCAGCAGGUGGCCACAGCCCUGAUGAAGCUGAAGAGUCUUGGUCUGAUUCAUGCUGACCUCAAACCUGAGAACAUCAUGCUGGUUGAUCCAGUUCGCCAACCCUACCGAGUGAAGGUCAUUGACUUUGGUUCUGCGAGUCAUGUUUCCAAAGCCGUAUGUUCAACCUACCUGCAAUCACGCUACUACAGAGCUCCUGAAAUUAUCCUUGGAUUGCCAUUCUGUGAGGCUAUUGACAUGUGGUCACUGGGCUGUGUAAUAGCUGAGCUGUUCCUGGGAUGGCCUCUUUAUCCUGGUGCUUCAGAAUACGAUCAGAUUCGUUAUAUCUCACAAACACAAGGCCUGCCAGCUGAAUAUCUCCUCAGUGCCGGAACAAAAACAACCAGGUUUUUCAACAGAGAUCCUAAUUUGGGGUACCCACUGUGGAGGCUUAAGACACCAGAAGAACAUGAAUUAGAGACUGGAAUAAAGUCAAAAGAAGCUCGGAAGUACAUUUUUAACUGUUUAGAUGACAUGGCUCAGGUAAAUAUGUCUACAGACUUAGAGGGGACAGACAUGUUGGCAGAAAAGGCAGACCGGAGAGAAUACAUUGAUCUCCUAAAGAAAAUGCUGACGAUUGAUGCAGAUAAGAGAGUCACGCCUCUGAAAACUCUUAACCACCAGUUCGUGACAAUGACCCACCUUCUGGACUUUCCACACAGUAACCAUGUUAAGUCUUGUUUCCAGAACAUGGAGAUCUGCAAGCGGAGGGUUCACAUGUAUGACACAGUGAGUCAGAUCAAGAGUCCCUUCACUACCCAUGUGGCUCCAAGUACAAGCACAAAUCUAACCAUGAGCUUCAGCAACCAGCUCAGCACAGUGCACAACCAGGCCAGUGUUUUAGCCUCCAGCUCUACUGCAGCAGCUGCUACUCUUUCUCUGGCUAACUCAGACGUCUCGCUGCUAAACUACCAGUCAGCUUUGUACCCUCCGUCCGCAGCGCCCGUUCCUGGAGUUGCCCAGCAGGGUGUUUCCUUACAGCCUGGAACCACCCAGAUCUGCACCCAGACGGACCCAUUCCAGCAAACAUUCAUAGUGUGUCCACCUGCCUUUCAGACUGGGCUACAAGCAACAACAAAGCAUUCUGGAUUCCCUGUGAGGAUGGAUAAUGCUGUGCCACUUGUCCCCCAGGCGCCCGCAGCCCAGCCACUGCAGAUACAGUCAGGAGUGCUCACACAGGGAAGCUGUACACCACUAAUGGUAGCAACUCUCCACCCUCAAGUAGCCACCAUCACACCGCAGUAUGCGGUGCCCUUUACCCUGAGCUGCGCAGCCGGCCGGCCGGCGCUGGUUGAACAGACUGCUGCUGUACUGCAAGCUUGGCCUGGAGGAACCCAACAGAUUCUCCUGCCUUCAGCAUGGCAGCAGCUGCCUGGGGUCGCUCUACACAACUCUGUCCAGCCUACUGCAGUGAUUCCAGAGGCCAUGGGGAGCAGCCAGCAGCUAGCUGACUGGAGGAAUGCCCACUCUCAUGGCAACCAGUACAGCACUAUCAUGCAACAGCCAUCUUUGCUGACUAACCAUGUGACGUUGGCCACGGCUCAGCCUCUGAAUGUUGGUGUUGCUCAUGUUGUCAGACAACAGCAGUCUAGUUCCCUCCCUUCAAAGAAGAAUAAGCAGUCUGCUCCGGUCUCAUCCAAAUCCUCUCUGGAAGUUCUACCUUCCCAAGUUUAUUCUCUGGUUGGAAGUAGUCCUCUUCGUACCACAUCUUCUUAUAAUUCCCUAGUCCCUGUCCAAGACCAGCAUCAGCCAAUCAUCAUUCCAGAUACUCCCAGCCCUCCUGUGAGUGUCAUCACUAUCCGUAGUGACACCGAUGAAGAAGAGGACAACAAAUUCAAGCCCAGUAGCUCGAGCCUGAAGGCGAGGUCUAAUGUCAUCAGUUAUGUGACUGUCAAUGAUUCUCCAGACUCUGACUCCUCCCUGAGCAGCCCAUAUCCCACAGACACUCUGAGUGCUCUGCGGGGCAACAGUGGGACACUUCUGGAGGGGCCUGGCAGAACUGCAGCAGAUGGCAUUGGCACCCGUACUAUCAUUGUGCCUCCUUUAAAAACACAGCUUGGCGACUGUCCUGGAGCAACACAGGCCUCAGGUCUCCUUAGCAGUAGUAAGACCAAGCCAGUGGCCUCAGUGAGUGGGCAGUCAUCUGGAUGCUGUAUCACUCCCACAGGGUACCGAGCUCAACGAGGGGGAGCCAGCGCGGUGCAGCCACUCAACCUUAGCCAGAACCAGCAGUCAUCGUCAGCUUCAACCUCGCAGGAAAGAAGCAGCAACCCUGCUCCCCGCAGACAGCAGGCAUUUGUGGCCCCGCUCUCCCAAGCCCCCUACGCCUUCCAGCAUGGCAGCCCACUGCACUCGACGGGGCACCCACAUUUGGCCCCAGCCCCUGCUCACCUGCCAAGCCAGCCUCACCUGUAUACGUACGCUGCCCCCACUUCUGCUGCUGCAUUGGGUUCCACCAGUUCCAUUGCUCAUCUUUUCUCCCCCCAGGGUUCCUCAAGGCAUGCUGCAGCUUAUACCACCCACCCCAGCACUCUGGUGCAUCAGGUUCCUGUCAGUGUUGGGCCUAGCCUCCUCACCUCUGCCAGUGUGGCUCCUGCUCAGUACCAACACCAGUUUGCCACUCAGUCCUACAUUGGGUCUUCCCGGGGCUCAACAAUUUACACUGGAUACCCGCUGAGUCCUACCAAGAUCAGUCAGUAUUCUUAUUUGUAGUUGAUGAGCACGAGGGAGGCUCCUGGCUGCCUGCUACUAGCCCUGAGUUCUUCAUGGGCUCUGCUGAGAGCCUCCAUUGUCUCCUCUUGGAAGUUACUAGCCAGCAGCUCGUUGUUCUGCAGGGGCCCACUGAAGCAGAAGGCUUUUCUCUGGGGAACAGCUCUCAGUCAGUGUUGACUGCAUUGUUGUAGUCUCCCAAGUCUGCCCUGGUUUUUAAUUCUUUAUUCUUGUGACAGCAAUUUUGGACGUUGGAAGAGCUCAGAAGCCCGUCUUCUGCAGUUACGGAGGAAGAAAGGUCGCUCUGAAGUCACCUGUCAUACAUUUGGUCUCGUUGACCUGGUUUUUAUAAAUGUUUUCAGAAGAAGUAAAGCCCUUUAUGAGGGAAAAUGCUGAUAAAAGAUUUGAAAUCUUGUAACAGAUGAGAAAGAGUCAUUACUUUUUGUUUGUUUAAAAAAACUAAAAAAGGAAGACUUCCUUGCCUUUUGUUUUAAAAGCAGCUUCGGCAAGGCUGUACUUUACUGUCAGGCAUUUCUCCUCAAGAGCUGAUCUUUGCGCGUGGCACAUCGACACAUAUAUUGCUUUAGUUUUCGUGUUGUGCUAUCCCUGUCGGACAGUUGUCAGGAGUUCAGUGGACCUAGCCGAGCCCUGGGACCUGAACAGCAGCUGCUGCACUCGUUAGAGCAGCACUGAAAAGCAGCCCAGCGCUUGCUGGUGACUCGUGCGAGGACUGUGCCCACCACGAUUCAUUUUAAAUGAAGCACCGUGAAUUCUUUCUUAGAUUAUUGUUUUAAAGUCCUCCUUCUCUCUCUGGUUUAACUUAUCUUGUACUAGAAAAGCCAGGGAGGUGGUAAAUGUAUGGUGGUGUUUUGCUUACAAUAGUUCACAAAAAUCUCUCUCUAGGAUGAGAUGCUGGCACUGACGAACAUUGCCUAAGAUUUCUAUGAAUUUUGAACAAUACACUUCUGUGUUUUCCUCAUCUCUCCCUUCUGUUUCAUGUGGCUUAUUGGAGGGGAAAGCUAAAGAAACUAAAACCAGAUAAGUUGUGUAUAGCUUUUAUACUUUAAAGUAGCUUCCUUUGUAUGCCAACAGCAAAUUGAAUGCUCUCUUACUAAGACUUAUAUAAUAAGUGCAUGUAGGAACUGCAGAAAAUAUUUUAAAAGUUUAUUACUGAAUUUAAAAAAUAUUUUAGAAGUUUUGUAAUGGUGGUGUUUUAAUAUUUUGCAUAAUUAAAUAUGUACAUAUUGAUUAGAAGAAAUAUAACAAUUUUUCCUCUAACCCAAAAUGUUAUUUGUAAUCAGAUGUGUAGUGAUUACACUUGAACUGUGUAUUCGUGUGUAUCUGAUCCUGCAGUGUUACCCCGGAGACGGACUCUGUCUCCAUUGUAUUUAAACCAAAAUGAACUGAUACUUGUUGGAAUGUGUGUGAUCUAACUGCAGUUCUGUUAGCGCGUAUUACUGUAGUGCUGAGUGAGGGGCAUUGCCGCAGAGAGGAGACCGUGGGGUUGUUUUGCACAGGUGUGUCUGGUGAGGAGUUGUUCAGUGUGUGUCUCUUCCUUCCUCCUCUCCUCUCUUCCCUUAUUGUAGUGCCUUAUAUGAUAAUGUAGUGGUUAAUAGAGUUUACAGUGAGCUUGCCUUAGGAUGACCAGCAAGCCCCAGUGGACCCCAGGCUGUUCACUGGGAUUUACCAGAACAGGUUUAGUAGCUGUGUUGUGUAACUGCGUUGUUCUCAGUCUCCCUACAGUGAGACAUCAAGGCUGCAGCAUUCCUCCUUUCCUGCCACCUCUGUCCUGGUCCACUUUGGACCUUCAGCUCAGUUCUCACAGAAGCAUCCCCAAUAUGGCUCUCUCACUGUGCCUUGCUACCUGGCUUCUGUGAGAGUUCAGGAAGCAGGUGAGAGCAGUGAAGCCAGUGCUAAAUAUGCAUAUUUGAAGAUUUGUGCAAUCACUUAGGAUGGGAUUCCUCUUUCUCUUUUCCAUGUGAUAGUCCUUUCUGUGCAUAGUUGGUUGUUGUUACUGGUAAACUUUGCCUUUUUUUUUAAAGCAUGUAACAGAUGUGUUUAUACCAAAGAGCCUGUUGUAUUGCUUAAUAUGCCCCCAUAUUACAAGAAGGGUUUUGUAGAAUAUCUGGUGACAAGAAGCUCACAGAGAGGUUUCUUAAUCAGUGACAAAUAUGACAAAGAAAGCAAAGCCUCUUGAGUCACCAAGACUCCCGAGGUUUCUUUGUAACAUGUAUGUUCUUGGGGCCCUUCAAGCUGUGAAAUUGUCCUAGUACUCAACUCCUUCAUGGAUUUGGGUCAAGUUGAAGGUACUAGGGAUGGGAACAGUCUUGCCCAUGAAGGAUUUGUGGGGAGAAGGUUAACCCUAAGCUACAGAUGUGGUCCACCUGAACUGAAAACUAUAUUUGAGUGGUAAUUCUAGGAUUGGUGUUGUGUAGAGAUGGUGUCAGGGAGGUGCAGGAUGGAGAUGGGGGGUUUCAUGGAGCCUGGGCAAGGAAGCUCUGAACCAGGAGAAACACCGAGGAGCUGUCAACGAACUUGGAGUUUCUUCAUCAUGGGGAGUAAGGGUUUCCAGGGUGGGGCAGGUAGUCAGUACAGCCUGCCAGGAACAUGGUGUGUGUUGCUGUCUUUCCUUUAAUCAUUAUGUUAAGCUGUGCAUUCAGCAGUCUGUUGGUUGAGAUAACCACGCUUCUGUGUAGUUCGUCACUAGUGUUGUACAGUUUAAGUCAAUCUGUGUGCGAUCUGUGUGUCUUCUUCCCCCCAGCAUUCUGGUUUUCCUAUUUAAAUACAGUUCUUGUUUCUAGUCAAACAUUUUUUUGUACCUUAUCUUUUCUCUACAAGGGACAAGAUUUAUUAUUGUUUUUGUAGGAAUGAGAUGCAGGGAAAAAACAAACCAACCCUGCCCCUGCCCCCUAACUCAUCCAAUAAGCAGUUAUUGAAGAUGGGAGUCUUAAAUUCAUGGGAAAAGAGGAUGCCUAGGAGUUUGCAUCAUUCCCUGAGGCAUCGGCUAGCAGUGUGACUGUACAGACUCUGAGGUUGUCACUCUGUAACUGACAUCUCAGAUUUCCCUAGAUAACCUAUGUGUCUGCUGAAUGUGUAUGUGCCACACAUGGCUUUACAUUCAUUCUGUCCUGGGGCUUAACAUUCACUGCUUGCCCUGAUGGCAUGGAGGGAAACCCUAUGAACAUAGCGAGCGGGUGAGCUGGGUCAGCAUUGCCUGACCUUGGCACUGCUUAAAGCUUUAAACCCUCUCUUAGAACUUGCAUUUCCAGUUUCUCCCUUCCCAGGUGAGAGAGGCAGUGGAAAGGGUUGCAUAGGCGCACCAGGACACUAAGUCACUGCAGAGUUCCCAGUUGCAACUAGGAGAUGGUUACCCUUGUCAUGUCCCGCUGAAAUGCCACCCCCUGGAAUAAGAACCCCAUUUCAAACAAUUCUGGCCGUUCAGAGCCUGCUUUGUGGUUUCUCAUUCAUCGUCCUCCACUAGAGGGGCUUAGCCAGGCCAGCACGGAACAUGUGUUUUAUUCUGCAUUAUUCUGCAGAAAUCUAUUAGUUGAGAUGGUUUGUUUUAGGGUAGGAAAUGAAAUUGCCCCUCGGUGACAGGAAUGGCCAAGCCUGCUUUGUAUUUUGACUUUUUUUAACUGAUGGAUGGUGCAGCAUGUCUCCAUGUUUCCAUGGUUGUUUGUUGGUAAACUUUAUAUAAUGUGUGGUUUCAAUUCAGCUUGAAAAAUAAUCUCACUAUAUGUAGCAGUACAUUAUAUGUACAUUAUAUGUAAUGUUAGUAUUUCUGCUUUGAAUCCUUGAUAUUGCAAUGGAAUUCCUACUUUAUUAAAUGUAUUUGAUAUGCUAGUUACUGUGUGUGGUUUAAACUUUUUUCUUUCUCCCUUUUCUGGUUGUGUGCUUCCUUUUACAACAAGCUUCUAGAAACAGGUAGUUCUGAGAAUUACUGAUCUAUGUUUGUAAUGCAGGUGUACUUAGGGAGUAUGUAAAAUAAUCAUUUUAACAAAAGAAAUAGCUAUUUAAAAUUUAAUACUAACUGGGAAAAGGGUCCAUUGUGUAAAACAUAGUUUAUCUUUGGAUUUGUUGUUGUCUUUGGUUUUACAAAGUAGCUUGUAUUUUCAGUAUUUUCUACAUAAUAUGGUAAAAAAAGUAGAGCAAUUGCAAUGCAUCAAUAAAAUGGGUAAAUUUUC